CACUCGGGCGGAGGCGGUAGUUCUCAUUUCAAAAGCAGAGGGAGCUCCAGGAUCAAGGCUGAGCUGCCCGCCGUCUGUCGUGGUCUCCCAGCCCCCCUCUUUGUUUGGAUCAGGGAAUUCUGGACAUACACCCUGGGGCAGGGACCCAGGACAGGGAAGUGCCUACAGAGGGAGCGGGAAGGCUGGAGCUGCCAUCCUAGGGAACCGCGGCCGUCCAGCAUGCCUGCUGCUCGGACGAGGACCCCCUCACCUGCUCCCACCAGCGUCUGAAGGAAGGUGACACUGAAUCCUAGGUGACUCCUGGCCAUCAAAGCAGACGCCUAAAUUCGUCAGACAUCGCCAUUCAGGCCCACCACUCUCAACGCCAAGGUCCAGAAGUGCCAAGGGCUGGGACCAGGAGACGCGCAGCUCAUCAGGAUGGGCCAACCUCCAGUGAUGUGGUGUGUUGUCCUGUUUUCCAUUUUGGCAUGUGUUUAUGCUGGGCCUACUAUGUAUGGGGAGAUACUGUCCCCUAACUAUCCUCAGGCCUAUCCCAAUGAGGUCGAAGAGUCUUGGGAUAUAGAAGUCCCCGAAGGGUAUGGAAUCCACCUCUACUUCACCCAUCUGGACAUUGAGCUCUCUGAGAACUGCGAAUAUGACUCUGUGCAGAUAAUGUCAGGAAACAAUGAAGAAGGGAAGCUGUGUGGACAGAGGACCAGCAAGAACCCAAGUUCCCCAGUUGUGGAAGAGUUCAAAGUGCCCUACAAUAAGCUCCAAGUGAUCUUUAGGUCAGACUUUUCCAAUGAAGAACGUUUUACUGGGUUUGCCGCCUACUACGUUGCUGUAGACAUCAAUGAGUGUACAGAGUUUGCAGAUGUCCCUUGCAGCCACUUCUGCAACAACUACAUUGGUGGUUACUUCUGCUCCUGCCCUCCGGAUUACUUCCUCCACGAUGACAGGAGGAACUGUGGAGUCAAUUGCAGUGGGAACAUAUUCACCACACUGAUUGGGGAGAUUGCAAGUCCCAAUUAUCCCAAGCCAUACCCAGAGAACUCCAGGUGUGACUACCAGAUCCUGCUGGAGGAGGGGUUCCAAGUGGUGGUAACCAUUCGGAGAGAAGACUUUGACGUGGAACCAGCUGACACAGCGGGGAACUGCCGUGACAGUUUGGUUUUUGUUGGAAAAGAUCAGCAGUUUGGUCCUUACUGUGGCAACGGAUUCCCUGGGCCACUGAGUAUUGAGACCAAAAGUAAUACUCUGGAGAUCAUCUUUCAAACUGACCUAACAGAAGAACACAAGGGCUGGAAACUUCGUUAUUAUGGAGAUCCAAUCCCCUGUCCGAAAGAAGUCACUGCUCAUUCUGUUUGGGAACCUGAGAAGGCAAAAUAUGUGUUUAAAGAUGUGGUGAAGAUCACCUGUGCGGAGGGGUACGAAGUUGUGGAGAACAAUGUUGGCUCAACGUCUUUCUAUUCUGUUUGUCAAAGCAAUGGGAAGUGGAGUAACUCCAAACUGAGAUGCCAACCUGUGGACUGUGGUGCUCCCGAAACUAUCCGGAACGGCAAAGUUGAAGACCCAGGAAGUACCUUAUUUGGUUCUGUCACUCGCUACACCUGUGAGGAGCCCUAUUAUUUCAUGGAAAGUGAAGGCGGGGGGGAGUAUCGCUGUGCUAGUAACGGGAGCUGGGUGAACGAGGUGCUGGGCGCAGAGCUGCCUGCAUGUGUUCCAGUCUGUGGUGUUCCCAGUGAGCCUUUUGUCAUGAAGCAGAGGAUAGUCGGAGGAUCCGAUGCAGACAUUCAGAACUUCCCCUGGCAAGUCUACUUUCAGUACCCCUGGGCUGGUGGGGCGCUCAUCGAUGAGCACUGGGUGCUGACGGCCGCUCACGUCGUGGAGGGCAAUGAUGCUCCGACCAUGUACGUUGGCUCCACAUCCGUGCAGAGCUCCCGACUGAAAAAUGCACAGAUGCUCACGGCUGAACGCGUGAUUAUUCACCCGGGCUGGGAACCUCGGGACCCUUCAAAGGAACGAAAGAAUUUUAACAAUGAUAUUGCCCUGGUGCAGCUGAAAGAUCCAGUGAAAAUGGGACCCACCGUCUCCCCCAUCUGCCUGCCUGGCACCUCCUCAGAGUAUAAUCCCUCAGAGGGAGACCUGGGCUUGGUCUCAGGCUGGGGCAGAACGGAGAGGAGAGAUCGUGCUAUCAAACUCAAAGCCGCAAAGCUGCCCAUCACCUCCCUGCAGCACUGCCAACAGAUGCGAGAUUCCCGUGUGGACAUCAGUAGCUUCACUUUCACUGAGAACAUGAUCUGCGCUGGAGGCAUCAUGGGUGUUGAUAGCUGUGAAGGGGACAGCGGUGGGGCCUUUGCUGUGCAAGACUCCACCAUGGAGAGCCCUAAAUUCUACGUGGCUGGUCUGGUGUCCUGGGGUGCCACCUGUGGGAAAUAUGGCUUGUACACCAAAGUGAAGAACUACGUUGACUGGAUCACUAAUACGAUGCGGGAAUAUGGUAUUCCUAGUUAAAACUCAGCAGCCGUGCACCCUCAGCCUCUCGCAGGACUGUGGCAGACAUAGGGCUCCCAGAUCUUCACAAUGUCACUUCCAGGAUCUCACCAGGACUAAAUUUCACCCCUGAUUUCCCGGGGACUUGACAUGGAGUAUGACUUAUGCACGUCAUAAUUGUCAAGAUGUCCAAGCUUGAUCACAGAAUCAUGUUGGGCUUGGAGUGGUGUUCUCAGUCUGUGAGGUCCUCUCCCCUAUAACAUGGUAUAGGUAGCCACGUGCGUGGGGCACUCCUGCCUUACACUGCUUUGUAGGAGUACCUUCAUUUGUUUCCUUUGUGCCUGUUUAAAAUCCCCUGGACUGUAUCAUUUUCAAUGUUCAUUAUCCACUUACAAUCAUGCAUGUGUCCUAGCCAAUCCAGUUGGACACACCUUACUCCACAUCAAAUCCUGAGGACUGGGUCUGGGAAGAGAAGGCUGCGGUGCCCCUGGAUUGGGGCAUUUGGGGAAUAGUAGGUAGUAGUUAUG